AUGACAACUAAUGGACGUCCACCACGCCCGAAGGCUCACAAGCCACAAGUAACAUGGUCGCCAAUGUACUCGCCCUACGCUGGCUCCGUUCGAGCAAGUCCUCGAACUACUAAACUCACCCAACCCGAGCAUCGAGGUCCUUCUACGACUCGACCGAAGCGACCCCUUUCAGCAUCACAAGUGGCGUCAACUACAAGUAGUCGAAUGGCACAGACGUCUCCACGUCCGAGUUCAGCUCGACCUGCUCGUCCGACGAGUGCCAGUAGAGCACGAUACAUGCAAGUCGAGACUAUCGCAUUCCCAAUGCAAAGCUCUACCUUGGCUACUUGUGAAGCAUGUUUGUCGCCUUCAGAGAUGGGAGUACUACAAGAAGCAGACUCGACGGCGAUGCAGGUGAAACUUUACGCUCUUCUGGAAAUGUGGGGAGAAGAACAUCUUAAUUUCCGCUCUUCCGCGUUAUUUUGUGAGACGAUGUUCAAGCAGGCUAAAGCUAUGGCCAGUAGAAUGCCGCGUCCUAAUGCAUUCGUCUCAGCUGUGGCGUUUGCUUGUCUGACUCAAAUUGGGGCUGAUCUCGACGAAGAGUACCCAUUUCUUACCAAAAUUAUUGAGGAAUUGGGUACUGCGGUAUAUUCAAAUUUUGGAGAUCUCCAAAAUCUUGAGGAACGUCGCUCUGCUCUCUUUUUCCAGCACGGUAAACCUUGGUUCCAAGAAAUGACGAUUCAGAAAACGCAGUGUAAAAGCUUUCAAAGCUCGGUUGAUGCAAGUAAAAACGAGAUUUUACUGCUUAAAGAGAUGCUCCAAGAAGCUCGCAAUGCCAACUCAACGGUAGUCGCAUCGGCUACUACUGAAAAAAGGGCUUCACAACAAGAUACAUUCGACGAAUAUUCAAUCCCUCCGGUACUUCGCUUAAGCGAUUUGAGUGUGGAAUCAAUGAGUGAAGAAGUGCUGAGAGUUUUUACCGAGAUUUCGGAUUCCGAUGCGCGCCAUCUGCUCUCGUUACUACUGGAAAACGCAGUGGAGCGGGAUAUGCCCAAACUUCCUGAUAUGUUAGCGACUUCUGUUGGAGAUAUGAAGGGACAAGAGAGAAGAAAUUUCUUACGAGAGUGUUUUGACUACGUUACCCCAAGUGAACUUCAGGAUAUACUACACGAACGAGACGAACUAAAUGACGAUAAACGUUAUCAGAUUCUGGUCGACGAUCUCCACGAAUUGUUGCAGAUGCAACCAAAGGACACGGAUCAGGAGACCAAACGCAACUGUGCUACUUCGGUGGCGUUAUUUCACUCAGAAGAGGCGAGAAUUGGGAAGAGAGUGCACGAAUUGGUGGAGCUAGUAGAGGAUGUCGCAACCGAGAUUUCAUUUUUUGAACCGAGGCAUAAAAGCCUAUUUACAGACCCAUUACUAGAACGACUUCGACGGCCUCAAAAUGUCGAUUGUGAGUGCACUUGUGGUCGACAUAAGCUGAUAGACAAGGAAGUCACUAAAGAGCCUCAAGUCGCUCCCGACGUACCAAUUGAAACAGAGCAAAAUGAAGAAGUAAAAACGCCAAAACCACGACGAAAAUCAACCUUAAAACGUCCGUUAUCUGCGCCCUCGGGGCGUCGAAAGAACGCCAUCAGCUUCAACACUCGCUUGGACGCUCCGCGUAAAUCGAGCGCUUUUAUCCACGUGUUCCCUCUCGCUGAAGUGUGCCAUCUGCUAUCAGCAAUCCUCCAUCUUCAAUUCUCGAGAGAUGCUGUUGAACCUGUUAAAGCUCGAAAUGGAGAUAUAUCACUCAUGUUUGAAGACCGGUUUGACUUUUUGAAACCAGACGCGGGAUCUAGAACCUUCAAGAUGCUCGCCAAGGAUUAUUUGGUACGCAAAUAUGGCAUCAAAUCAAUCGCCGUCAUGCACACUAUGCAACUGGAGCGCUCAUUACUGCACUAUACUGCCAAAGACAACCACGUUCGCUGCGAACUCUUUAGCUGGUUCUUUGGUGCCGACAAGACCCGGACUCAGUCGAAAGACUACGCCUUUGCAUUCUUCCAGAAACUCAUCAAGUGUAUCUUAAACUUGUACGCAGCCAAGAAGGCAGCUCGAUCCAACUCCGUUACUAGUAUUUCGUCCCCAAUAUCUUCACAACCUCAGCCAUUAGCGUACUCUGCGUUGAUUACAAUGUGGACCGAGUAUAUCGGAGACGGAGAACCUUCAAGCCCUCGAACGAUUCCGACGCCUUUAGCUCUUGAGACCUGCAAGCAAACUUUUCCUCCAGUUCUUCAGCGUAGUAGCCACUUCACGUUAUCCCAAGAACAGCUGCAUCGCCACAGUUUAGAGGAAAAAACUAUUGAGCUCGAAGAAUUUCUGCGUUUGGCGAUGAUAACGUGGCAACUGAUUUUUGAUGGCUACCUUCAAGAAGUGUUGAAGACGAUCGAGACCGUCCAAGUUAUUGAUUUCGAGGGGUUUGCAAGCUGUCUAACUGCCAAUGAUCUGGAGUUUACGACGGGAGAACGAUACGAACUGUUCGACUUGAUGACUCAGGAGGGCGAUGAAAGUGUCAUACCCAGUAAGAAAAUGGUGCAGCUUAUCCUGGAAGCCAAGUAUCUAAAUCCUGUAUCGACAGGUUAA